AUGUCAGAAUUCUAUACUCAAGUUCAACUCAGCGACGGAGUCAAGCUCAACGUCUGCAUCCUCGGAGCUGAGAACAAAUCGAAACCCUUGAUAAUUUCCCUCCAUGGAGCUCCAGGACUCUCGUCACACACUGGAAUAAAGGAGGACUUCAAGUUUCUUGCAGACAGAUUCCGCGUUCUCGUGUACGAUCUUAGAGGCAGUGGAGACAGUGAGGUAAAGGGACCUUUCACCGAUGAGCAAUGGAUCUCGGAUCUCGAAGAGCUCAGAGCUUGGGUGGGAGACGAAAAGUUCAUCCUUGCUGGGGGGUCCUACGGUGGCUUCCUUGCGCUGAACUACGCCCUCAACUACCCAAACCGUCUCCUGGCCUUGAUACUUCGUAACACCUGGGCAUGUGGUCCACAAGGCACACACCGCGCCCUAGCAAACAUCCUGCUAUCCGACCGGAUUAAUCCCGAUCCGAUGCGCCAAGUAAGGCUUUGGACCGGUAGCGUUCAAAGCAAAGACGAUGUAGAACAAGGCAUGGCCGAGAUUGUCCCCAUCUACACCCCGGAAGAUAGCCCGCAGCCUGAAUCAUUUGAAGGUGCGAGUACGGAACUUCGCUGGGAGGUUCACAACGCUGCAUUUUCUUGGUCACAGCCUCGUUUUGAUGUGAAGUCCAGGCUGUCUGAGAUCAACGUUCCGACCUUGGUAGUUAUUGGAAGGCUUGACAUAAUUUGUCCCGUUGAAGAGUCUGAGAUGCUCCAGAGGGGUAUCAAGGGCAGUGACCUUGUUGUUUUUGAGAAGUCAGCUCACAAUCCUGCUACUGAUGAGUCGGAGAAGUUUCGGGAGGUUCUCUGGGAUUUCCUUGGAAGGCUUGAGUGGUAA